AUCCUAUAGUCAGCAUUUGCAAGCGGUUUGUGGCGGAUUUUUGUGUUAAUUUUGAUUAAGUCCCAGCGGCGUUUCGGAACGAUUCGGCUUGAAUUGUAAAAACAAUAUAUUUUAUAAUAAAAUAGCCAUGAAGGAAGAGGCGAUUAAUAGUCAACACGGUGAGGCGUCCGAAGAUGAAGAUGACGAGGACAUGCACGAAACAUCUAGCAUGGGAAGUACCUGCACCGACAACACGUCAAACGGGAGUGAAAACCAAAUCAAUCGGAAAAAGCGACGCCGGUCGAAAAAGAAAACACCCAAGCCGGCUAAACCGAUCUACAAGUUUGCCGGCUACGUGAAGGAAGACCACGGACAGGCUCUUUUCGGGUGCAUGUUCAAUCACGAUCUCAAAAAUGGGGAACUACCAACAUUCGCGACGGUCGGUAGCAACCGGGUAACGAUUUACCAAUGCCAAGAGGAUGGAGAAAUCACGCUAAAACAAUGUUACGCCGAUCCCGAUACGGAGGAAGUGUUCUACACCUGCGCCUGGUCGCACGACGUGGAAACUGGUAGACCCACUCUAGCGGCAGCUGGGCUCCGUGGGGUGAUUCGGGUUUUCAACACUGCCUCGCUCAAGGGACACAAAUGCUUCAUCGGGCACGGGCAUGCUAUUAACGAAGUGAAAUUCCACCCGAAGGAACCUUACCUUGUCAUGUCCGCUAGCAAAGACCACUCGUUGCGACUGUGGAACACCAAGACGGACAUUUGUAUCGCGGUGUUCGGUGGAGUCGAGGGCCACCGCGAUGAGGUGCUGAGCUUCGAUUUCGACAUUCUUGGCACACGGUUCAUGUCGUGCGGCAUGGACCAUUCGCUGAAACUGUGGCGGCUCGAUACGGAAACGAUGAAGAAUGCAAUACGCAACAGUUACACCUUCAACGAGGCGAAAAGUUUAUCCCGGUUUCCCUCGGAGAACGAACACUUUCCAGUGUUCUCCACCCGAGACAUCCACCGGAACUACGUUGAUUGCGUUAGAUGGAUAGGUGACUUUGUGCUCUCGAAGUCGUGUGAAAAUACUAUCGUCUGCUGGAAACCGGGCAAGCUGGAUGAUGUAGAGGUUAAGAAUAACGAAACCACCGCCACCGUUAUUACCACGCUUGAGUUUAAGGAGAGUGAGAUUUGGUUCGUGCGCUUUUCGCUCGACUACUGGCAGAAGUAUUUGGCACUGGGCAAUCAAACCGGCAGAACGUACAUUUGGGAGCUCGACACUGACGAUCCGGUGAAUCCUCGCUGUAGCACUCUAUUCCAUCCCAAGUGUACGACUGCCAUUCGACAAACUUCGUUCUCGAGAUCAGGGAAUAUUCUAAUUUGCGUUUGCGACGACGGUACCGUUUGGCGGUGGGAUAAAAUAAAUAUCUAAUAGUACACUAGAAAAGCACCUGAAAAUAGGUGAAAUAUAAAUAUAAAAUUUGAAUAAAACACGUUACUAUUUAAGGAAU